AUGUAUGGCACUACGGACAACUACAAUACUGAAUACACCGAACGCCUUCACAUUGACCUCGCAAAAGACGCUUAUCGCUCUACAAAUUACAAGAAUGAGUUCGCUCAAAUGACGACUUGGCUUGAACAGCGGGAGAAAAUUUUACGACACGAGAAAUAUAUUCAGUGGAGACUCAUUGGAAACGACGCACGUCCGCAUCAUCAGCCCCAUCCCCCAGAAAUGACAUUUCGUCAUACUCAAACGAUGACGAAACAUCCUACCAUCAAGGCAGUCACAUUGGACAAGGUCGUGAACGAAUAUGGCGCCAUGCACUUUAACGAAUCUCUCACAUUCUUUCACAAGGUGAAAUGGCUCUCGGCUGAUGUUCGUGGUCAUGGUGAUCCUCUGGUCACAGUUGAUAGCAUCCAUGCACGUCCUGGACAUUCAGGAACAUUUGCGUCUGACAGUGUUGCACCACAAUUUGAUACUGUGUUUGUUAAUGAUGGUACAGAUGGGUCACUUGGCAUCAAAGUCCGUGUUAUAUUCUUAAUCCCUCCCAAAGCCAUCCCAAAACUUUUCCCGUCCACAUUCCAGCCUCCAAAACAUCUCACAUACAUUGAAUGGUUCUCUGCCUUCCGUGUACCUGACCAUGAUCACAGCUUGCACAAGGUCUUCUGUGUCAUCAAAAAUGGAGAAUGA